AUGAACUUGUCGGACGAGUCGACCUGCAGAGAGAGCAGCGGAGUCUCGGACUCAAAAACGCCGGUUACUGCGGAUGAGCGGCUGUCCUCCAAGAGUACGGUUUACUCUAUCUUCGGUUUGCGCCCGCAGUCGCUAGAGGAACCAAACGAGCAACGCUUUUCUUCAGACGUACUGGUUCAGAGUCAGGAACGUGGAAAGAACGACCAGGAAGCGAGUCUGCCGGUUACUAGGCAAGCGGCUGCCGCUGGUUGUGGCGCGCAGUCCUGCGAUUCCAUCGCUACCGUACCGCAGUUAACUGGAACGUCUCUCCAAUCGCGAAACAGCGAACCCGGGUUGAGCAAUCCGAAAGAGGCUGCCAAUAGCUUCGAACCUGCUUCGUCGUCGUCGUCUUUGUCGUCGUCAUCUGCUCCUUACGCGAAACCCUUGGAUACAAGUUGUGCUCCAGCGCCCACGGGUAUAUUCCAAACGCGACAUGCGCAGCUGAAACUAGAUCGUGGUGAGCUCUGGAAGCUGCGAAGCGUCUUUGAAGCUCAUGACCCACAACAUCGGGGUCUGGAACUGCCAGACUUUUACGAGCUGGUGCACGAGUACUUCCCCCAAGCAAGCCUGAAUGAUGUCGCUUUCAUCUUUCGGUUGUUCGAUGUCGAACAGAACGGUCGUUUGUCUCUGCGUGACUUCAUGUGUGGCUACGCAAUCAUAUGUCAUGCGACGGCCGAGGAACGCCUUCGCCUCUGCUUUGCCAUGGUGGACCGCGACGCCUGCGGCCACCUGGACGAGCGACAGGUUGCACAAGCGCUGCACCUGCUCAGCAGUUAUGCUGACCUGCUCGUACAGUUUAGUUCUGUAGGUGACCACGAAAAUACCGGGGAUCAUGAUGUAGACGCAGAUGCUUUGCUAGAGAUGGCGCGACUUAUGGUAGAAACGGCGACAAAGGAGCGCCUCAAGGGCACCCUAGGUAGCGCUCGGCAGAGUCGCUCAGUGUGUCCCAUCGCAACAGAGCAUGCUGAGUCUGAAGUGAACACACACAAAAUUGCGUUCGACGAGUUUCUUGAAAUCGCCUUGAGGAAUCCGCACAUCCAGCACUGGUUGGCGGACAUCGGUAGCGCUGUGGGCGCUGUGCAUCCAUCGCUACGAGAUCAGAAGGAGGUCGAAAUGAUUGUUCUCGAGAUUGAGCGACUGGGUUUCAUUCGGACAGAGGCUUGUGCGAACGCUGCAGCACUCCCGCUCGAGAGUCGUCCGUCGACCAGUGAAGCGAGCAUGGCGAGUUCCGCUCCAGUAGCGCGUUCGCUGUCGAGUUCGCUGGAAGAGACGGCACCGUCCAGCCAAGAGUACCUGCAACUGAUACAUCGUGGACGCUCACGUGAAUCCAGCCAGCGUGGAGGAUCUCUUUACUUGUCACAGUCGUUUUCCACAGUUCACCUUGCCGAGCAGGGCGGACAGCGACAGCUGUCGUUGCCUCAAACACCGGAGCUUCAUCAAAAUGAAGCGCGUGCUUCCAUCCCACGCCUUCACGAGUUUAGCGAUGCGGAAUUGCGCUUCGGAUCCAGCCCAAUGCGGAUGGAGCGCAGAUAUGGAUCGUUUCUGAGGGCCAGUCGCAGUGUUCUGUCGCAUGAGCGUGCCUCGGCGCCGGACUCGCCGCCUGUUACCCGAAAUGCCGGGGAAGGCCGGGCGCUUGCCACCGUAGCAGACAUGAAUGAGGAGGACCAGGCCAACCUGGACAAUGACGGUGAGCAGUCCCUUCAAGAGCAUCCGUCAAAGCGACUCGAGGAGCACCCCGAGCUAUUGUCGAAUGAACCCGCUGCGCCGACGAUGAUGACGACGACGACGAGUGCAGAAAACUUGCGCUCCAGUGACCAGGCAGCCAUUGCCAAGAUGACUUCGUUCCUGCUGCACUCGCCUUUUGUCAUCGAGUACACGGCGCUUCGGUUUGAGCGCAAAAUCGGUGAAGGCAGCUUCUCUGAGGUCUGGUCCGGCGAGUGGCUCCAUCUGCCGGUCGCCAUCAAGGUAUUUAAGCGCUUUGAUCCGAGCAUGACCGGCACCUGGCCAAUGCUGCGCGACGCAGGAGCCUCGCUAACCGGGACUUGCGAGCCACCCGGUAUCGACGAUCAAACAGUUGGCACCGCAGCUGCUUCCGCGAAAACCGCAACCCGCCCGGAAUGCAGCACUGCAGCAACAAUCGAUCAUGGGUUGGCUUCUUCGAGCUCCUCGGACUCGGAAUCCUCCGUCGAAGCGAUGACCUUCGAGACGGACGUCCAAGGGCACAGCGCCGGUGCCAGGCUUGAUGAGGCGCUCUUCGCAGCGGACGCGGCAGCGGGGCUCAGCAUGUACGGUAUCGACAAAUCGCAAACGCAUUACAAUGGCCAGCAGCAGCAGCAGCAGCGAAAACAUCCACGUCCUGGAAUGCACCUCCUCGAUGAGACACCGCGACGUCUCGAUGAAUUCAACCUCGUCUCUUUCGUUCGAGAGGUGGAGCUUCUGUCGCAGCUGCGUCAUCCGAACGUGCUUCUCUAUAUGGGCGCCACUGCAGACCCCCGAAAACCGCUCUGUAUCGUGAGCGAACUCUUUCCGGGUGGCUCGGUCCACGAUUUGCUCUUCAAGCGACGGAAGCGCUUGAGCAAGCAUCAAAAGCUGCGCAUCGCUAUUGCCGUGGCUCGUGGGAUGCUCUACCUGCACUCCUGCAAACCGCAGAUCCUCCAUCGAGACCUCAAGUCGAGCAACGUGCUCGUCGACGAGUCACUGAACCGCAUCGCGAUCUGUGACUUUGGUUUAUCCGCCCUGCGGCGUGCCGGUGCAGGUGAGUCGAGCAACUACGGGAGCGCCUGCGAUGCCGAUACCAUGGGCACUCCCUACACCCUAGCACCCGAGGUCAUGGGCGGAGAACCCUACACCGACAAGGCCGACGUCUACUCCUAUAGCAUUGUGCUGUGGGAGCUGCUGACGCGCAAAAAACCCUUCGAGAACCUCAUGCCCGUCCAGCUGAUGUACAAGGUGUACGCCCAGAACGCACGGCCGCCGCUGGGCGAGGUAUAUGCCGAAUUCCAGGCGCUGCUCUCCCGGUGCUGGGAGCGAGAUCCGCAAUCUCGCCCCGACUUUGGGACGAUACUAGAUAUUCUGGAAGACAUCAGCCUCGAACUUGCGACGAACGCAGAGGAUGCCUCUAGGUCAUCCUCUGACGACGAUACCGAUAACACUGGCGUUGGUGGCGGCAGCGGCAGCAGCGGUGGCGGUAACGUUGGUGCAGACGCCCACGAGCGCGCAGCAGCACCCAGCCAGACCAAGCAGUUGCAGCUCAUGAACGCAGUGGUGCAGAAUGAUCUUGCGCGGGUGAAGCGCCUCCUCGAACGUGGUGUCUCGCCUUGUUUCUGUGACUAUGAUCGGCGUACGCCGUUGCACGUUGCCGCUGCCGAAGGUUUUGUGGAUAUCGCGGUGUGCCUGCUGGAGCAUGGUGCAGAGGUGAAUGCACGCGAUCGCUGGGGCUCGACACCCCUGAGCGAAGCGAUACGCUUCCGUCAUGAGCACUGUGCACAGGUGUUACGUGACCAGUACGGGGGCAGGAUUUUCGAUCAGAAGAGUCAUUUCGAGCUUAUCGAUGCAGUUGCACGCGGUGAUAUUGCGGCGGUUCGCUCAUUCAUUGGCGAGGGCGUCGAUGUGCGCCAGGCGGACUAUGAUCGACGUACCGCUUUACACUUGGCGGCUGCCGAGGGAUACACUGAGGUGGCGAAACUGCUCGUAGAGGCCGGUGCCGAUGUCAUGGCGACGGAUCGUUGGGGCAGCACACCACUGCAGGAGGCGAUUCGCUUCAAACAUCCGGAAACUGCUGUCUAUAUCGAAUCGGUGAUGGGUGCCCAGUUACGACAGCGUGCUCGCGGUUUAAGGCGGGAUAUCGGCGGGUCAUCAUCGAACGGUGCUGCCUCGCCACAGCGUUCGUUGCUGCGAACGAACACACCAGAGUCGGAUCAGUUCGGACGGGGUCGAUCGUCGCCGGCACCGCAGUCUCCGGGUAAUGUCGAUUACUAUGGUGACUAG